GCGACGUCGUAUUGUCAACUCUGAAGUCUGAACCACAAAAACAUGAGGCCUCAAAACCUGUAGAACAAACCAAGCUCUCUCUCCUGUCCCUCACAUGGCUUCCAUAACUGCUCCUUCCUAUUCUCGCCUACUUAAUUGCAAAGGCCACAGCUUCUUGCGAGACGACCACCUGACAACCAGUAGAGCAUCAUCGAGAACAAGGUCAUGUACAAGUCGUUUGUGGAUUGUUUUUGCAUCGGAGGGACCGCAGACCGGCCGCCAAUGGCAGAGACCGCCACCGGGGGUAGAUACACGGAUUCAUUGGGACAAUCCCGACGAAGGAUGGAUUGGAGGUGGCGAUGAACAAAAAAAGAGUUUAGAAGAAGAACAGAAGAAUUUCAUGAGUGACAAGCUUGCAGAUCUCAUCAACUACUCUGAUUCUCAUUACCAGUUCUUAGGAGUAUCAGCUGAAGCUGAUACUGAAGAGAUAAAAGCUGCAUACAGGAGACUAACCAAAGAGUACCAUCCAGACACAACUUCACUGCCACUGAAAACGGCACUGGAGAACUUCAUGAGGCUCAAACAAGUCUACGAAGUAUUGACCGACGAAGAGAAACGGAGGUUCUAUGACUGGAGUCUGGCUCAGGAGGCCGCGAGCAGACAAGCGGAGAAGUUGAGGAAGAAAUUGGAGGAUCCUUUUGAGCAGGAUUUCAAAAACUACAAACCAGUUCCAGACAUGGUCGAUAGACUUGGUGGAAGAAACAUGGAGCUUGGUGAUCAAGCAACUGCUGCUCUCACUAUUGAUAUUUUCAUCAUCAUCUUCUCUAUUUGUUGUAUCAUCUAUGUCGUCUUCUUCAAAGGACAAGAUUAGAAUUAGUUGACAACAUGAAAGAAGUCCAUUUCUUCUCUCUCAAUCUUUUUUCUGAGCUUGUGUUAACUUUCCAAGCUUCAUUUUCUUCUUUGAAAUUCA